AUGGGACCAGGGGCUGAAAGACCGUUCGCGGCAUUUUCACAUCAGACUCGCCGCAUCGAUGAAAUCUAUCAAGCAGCAUUAGCCGAAGGCAGCAUUAUCACUCUCUGGCAUGGGGGCGACGAGAAGAAUCAUUGGAAGAAGGAAGGUGCCUUAUUUAACUAUGCACCGGCGAACUUCGGUCAGAUCUACCCUGUAUUCAAAGGUGCAGAUGCUGCGUACGCCGGUCUCUUCGUCUUUGCAUGGUCUAUCCAAUCGAACACGAACAACGACGAUGAUGCGGUCCUAAGGCAUAGCAGCGUAGCAACCUUCACAUCCGGGCACUCUUUCCAAUCGACACCAAGCUACAACUACCCAACCGAGGGCACCUUCGUGUCCUGGGCCCAAAUUGGCGCUAUCUUGAAAGACACACCGCACCCUGAGGGCGCUAAGUUGCUGCACAUCUACCUGCUCAGUGACGAGUAUCAGAAGAAUGUGGAAUAUAGUACGAGACAGGAUGUUCUUGCGCCGCCGGGCGCGGAGAAUAUUCUUGUGCAGCCAAAUACGAACGCGCCAGAGUUCGCGGCGUGUAUGGCUGAUCGGACGACUGUGGGGAGGCUGAGGUUCUUCUUUGAGGAUAGGAUUGGUACGGCGCAGGGACUGAGCCCGCUUGAGGAUGACUUGUGA